GCGACGGACUACAUAUACAACAGUCUUCACGGCGACGUGGUCUGAAUAAGCCGUGCUCCUGUUUCUGCGAGAGGCCAACGAGGUGCCGGCCGGACAUGGACAACAAACAAUAGCAGAGUGACGGACGCGCGCGACUCGCUAAUGACGCGGUGGCUGUGCAUCCACUCAUAGAGUCAUAGUGGCCUGUCAUUCGAUCGAGGUCCCACUCCGCAUUCACAAUGAACACUCCUUGCACACUCCCUGGACACUCCCCUCCCGAUGCUGCCACAAGAACACUCGGAACAGGUGUUAGACGGCAUGUACAAGUAGUGAUCACAUCAACCAGAACCCUCGCAGGUCGACUUCUGGUCAGCAUGGAUAGCCCGUCCAUCUCCUCACAUUUUCCGGAAGAACCUUGCGAAAAAGAACCAUGACCGCCGCAACGACCGCCACCGCCGCCGCCCGUGCCUGGCAAUACCGCAGCACGUCCGGAGGUCUCGAAAAGAACCUGACCCUGGCCUCAGUGACCCCACCAGUCCCCAAACCCACGGAACACCUCGUCCGCGUCCUCUAUUGCGCCCUCAACCCCGUCGACUACAAGCCCGCCGAGAUCCCUCUCGUCGGCCGCGCGCUGGUCAGCUACCCAGCGACCCCCGGCGUCGAUUUCGCGGGCCGUAUCGUCAAGCCUGCUGAAGGGUCGGAUCUGAAAGAAGGGGAUCUCGUGUUUGGCGGCGUCGGCGACAAGCCGUUCGCGGCCGGUGGACUGGCGGAUUACGCCACUGCUAAUCCGGACCGUGUCGCGCGGGUUCCUGAGGGCGUGGAUCCCAAGGACGCAGCGACCGUGUGCGUUGCUGGGCUGACCGCCUACAACACCAUCGUGCCGUUCGUCAAGGAAGGGGACGAGGUGCUCAUCAACGGCGGCACUGGCGGGUGUGGCGUGUUUGGGAUCCAGAUCGCGAAAGCGAAGGGGUGCAGGGUGACGGCCACCUGCUCCACGAAGAAUGUGGAGUUUGUGAAGGAGCUGGGGACGGAUCAUGUCAUCGACUACACCAAGGGUGAUCUGGUCAAGCGGUUGAAGGAUACUGGGAAGCAGUACGACCAUUUCGUCGAUAACGUCGGCUCGGACUCCAACCUCUACUGGCAGUGCCACGAAUUCACCAAGCCGGGAGCCCUCUACAUGUCAGUCGGUGCGGAGCCCUCCCUCGGGAUCGUGGGGAGCAUGCUCAAGAAGUGGGUCAUGCCAAAGAAGCGCGAGUUCCGAGGCUUCUUCCUGAAACCCAAGCGCGAGGAUCUGGAGCAGAUGGGCGCUUGGAUGAAGGAAGGUAAAGUGAGGACGGUCAUCGACAGUCAGUUCAAGAUGGAGGACGCCCCGAAGGCGUUUGAGAGGUUGAAGACCAAGAGGGCUACCGGGAAGAUCGUGGUGGAGGUCGCUCACCAGGCGUAGAUCAUAUAGCGUAACACAUUAGCAUAAUUCGUAGUAACAGCAAAUGGGCAAAAAAUGUACAGUCUAAUCGUUCUCGCAAAUGUAUAUGGCACAGUAAUCACACA